AUGGUUUCGCGAGGUCGUUCAUUCACCUUAUUUUUUCUAUUGGCAACCCUAAUCUCACUUGGUGAAGCCAAUACCCGUAAGCUCUUGCAAACUCCCAGUAACUACCAACCGAUACAUUCUCCUCGUCCAUCUCCGGUAUAUUCUCCACCGGCUGAUCUUCCACCUCCUCCAAGUUCGGAUUAUUCUCCUCCGGCUGAUCUUCCUCCUCCUCCUAGUCCGGUCUAUUCUCCUCCUCCUGCUGAUCUUUCUCUUCCUCCUACUCCGAUCUAUCCUCCUCCUCAAGCUUACAAAGCCUUCUAUUAUAGGAAAUCGCCGCCACCACCACCUGCCCGCCCAUGGUGGUGGUGGUUGUGA